AUGCCUUUCAGAACGAAACUUACCAAGGCGUUGGGUAUCGAAUUACCUAUCGUCCAGGGUGGUAUGCAGUGGGUGGGAUAUGCGGAACUAGCAAGCGCCGUGUCAAAUGCUGGAGGUUUGGGGAUUUUAACAGCUCUCACCCAACCUACUCCAGAAGAUCUCCGUAAGGAGAUCCGAAGAUGUAGGGAAAUGACAAAUAAGCCGUUUGGUGUAAACAUCACACUGUUACCCUCGAUUAAUCCCCCGGAUUACGGUGCAUACGCACAAGUCACUAUCGAUGAGGGAAUUAAAGUUGUCGAGACUGCCGGGAACAGCCCGGGUCCUAUCAUAAAGAUGUUGAAGGCUGCUGGAAUAAUUAUCCUACAUAAAUGUACGACCAUCAGACAUGCAGAGAGUGCAGUGAAGCUUGGGGUUGAUUUCUUGAGUAUCGAUGGUUUCGAAUGUGCUGGGCACGUUGGUGAAACUGACAUUACGAAUUUCAUUCUCCUUAGCAGAGCCAGACAAGCACUGAACGUUCCUUUCAUUGCAUCCGGAGGAUUUGCCGAUGGUCAGGGGCUUGCUGCUGCCCUUUCUCUAGGCGCCGAAGGCAUCAAUAUGGGUACACGAUUCAUGUGUACUGUUGAGGCACCAAUACAUGAGAACAUCAAGAAGGAGAUUGUCAAGGCAUCCGAGGUUGAUACACAACUCGUUCUUCGAAGGUGGAAGAAUACUUCUCGCUUGUAUAAAAACAAAGUUACUGCAGAGGCAGUAAAAAUUGAACAGGAGAGCAAAACUGGAGAAUUUUCAGAGGUUGCUCCAUUUGUGAGCGGUAAGAGAGGGAGGGAAGUCUUCACUACUGGAGAUCCUGAUUACGGAGUCUGGACUGCGGGCCAGGUUAUUGGUCUUAUUCAUGAUAUCCCCACAUGUGAGGUACUUUGCAAGAGAAUCGAGAAGGAGGCUGUGGAGACUUUAAACAAAGCUUCAUCUCUCUUUCAACCAUCAAGCAAGCUCUGA